AUGUCAAAGCGAGCGGCAGGCGGGCGGGGGAAGGGGGAGCGACUAGAUGCCAUGGCAACCCUUCAGGCAGCAAAUGAAGAGCUGAGAGCCAAACUGACCGACAUCCAGAUAGAACUACAACAGGAGAAGAACAAGGUGAGUCGUCUGGAGAGAGAGAAGAGUCAGGAACUGAGGGCGGAACAUCACCGGGCAACGGUUGCCGUGACGGAGCUAAAGACCAAACUUCACGAGGAGAAGCAUAAGGAGCUGGCUAUUACCAGGGAGACGUUACUACGGCAACAUGAAAUGGAGCUAAUGAGAGUCAUCAAAAUAAAAGACGGAGAGAUUCAGCGUCUGAACGGACUGGUGCUAACACUGCGGGAUGGAUCCGCCGACAAGGUCAGAAGCGCCCUGAUGGCAGAUGUGGAGGAGACGAAGAGGAGCUGGGAGGCGGAGCGCUGUCGCCUCCAGCAGGAAGUCCACGAGCUGCGAGGAGCAAAGAGGGGAGCGGACGAGGCUCUGGCAUCGGCUCAGCAGGCCUCCCAGGCCCGAGCAGCCGAACUACGAUCCGCUCAUCACCAGCACCAGGAGGAGCUGAACAGAACCAAGAGAGACUGUGAGAGGGAGAUCCGCCGACUGAUGGAUGAGAUAAAGCUGAAGGACAGAGCUGUCAGUGUAUUGGAUAAAGCGUUGGGGCUUCAGGCUGGCCACGCCCACCGCCUGCAGCUGCAGACUCAGGCUGCCGAGCAGCAAAUCGCAGCCCUGAGAGACGCACAGAGGGCGGGGCUAAAUCCCGGCCACGCCCCUAACUCCACCCCUAACCCUGCUCCUCAUAUUACUCAGGAGGAUCGGGACACUCGGAGGUUCCAGUUGAAGAUCGCUGAGCUCAGCUCCGUCGUCAGGAAGCUGGAGGAUAGAAACGCUCUGCUGUCUGAAGAACGCAACGAACUGCUGAAGAGGCUGAGGGAGGCAGAGAGUCAGUUUCUUCCUCUUCUGGACAAAAACAAGCGUCUGAGCAGGAAGAAUGAAGAACAGGCCCUCUCUCUGCGUCGCCUCGACAACAAGCUCCGCUUCGUCACCCAGGAGAACAUGGAGAUGGUAACUAUGAGGAGACCCAGCUCGCUGAAUGACCUGGACCGCAGCCACUCCAGCAGUUACCAUGGUUACAGCCAGGAGGACAGAGAGAUGGAGUUUCUACGACUUCAAGUUCUGGAGCAGCAGCACAUCAUAGAUGACCUGUCAAAGGCUCUGGAAACAGCUGGUUAUGUAAAGAAUGUCAUCGAGAGAGACAUGUUGCUGAGAUACAGACGGCAGGAGACUGUCAGGAGGAAACGAACAUUCAGAGCCUGCAGGGUCAUAGAAACAUUUUAUGGCUACGAUGAAGAAGCAUCGGUGGACUCUGAUGGAUCGUCUUUGUCCUUUCACACCGACCGAACCCCCGACACUGAACCAGACGAGGUUUGUGUCCGUGAGGACACAGAGAUUCGUUACCGUCAGCUGACUCAGGAGUACCAGGCGCUGCAGCGGGCAUACGCUCUGCUGGCGGAGACGAGCGGAGGAAACUACGAUGCUGAGAAGGAGAUCAAGACCAGAGAACAACUGCUCACUGAAAUCAGUCAAUACCAAACCAGAGUAGAAGAUCUGGAGUCAGCACUGAAAGAACAAGGACUGGAUGUGAAGUGGGUGGAGGAGAAGCACCUGUUGUAUCAGAGGAACCAGCAGUUGGUGGAGAAGGUGAAACAGAUGGAAGGUGAAGAGCUGCGGCUGCAGAACGACAUCCAGGACGUCAGAGACCAGAACGAGCUGCUGGAGUUCAGGAUCCUGGAGCUGGAGGAGAGGGAGCGCCGCUCGCCCGCCAUUAACUUCCAACAAAUACAUUUCCCAGAAGGCCUCAGUCCUCUGCAGAUCUACUGUGAGGCAGAGGGAGUCACUGACAUCGUGAUCAGUGAGCUGAUGAAGAAGUUGGACAUUCUGGGCGAUAACGCCGUAAGUAAUCUGUCCAAUGAGGAGCAGGUGGUGGUGAUUCACGCCCGGACGGUGCUCACUCUGGCUGAGAAGUGGUUGGAGUCCAUUGAAGUGACGAAGUCCGCACUGCAGCAGAGGAUGUUGGACAUCGCGAGCGAGAAGGAUCUGUUCAGUAAACAGAAAGGUUACCUGGAUGAAGAACUGGACUACAGGAAGCAAUCGAUGGAUCAGGCUCAUAAGAGGAUCCUGGAGCUGGAGGCCAUGUUGUUUGAGGCUCUGCAGCAGGAGGAGGACUCCAGGAUGGCAGGAAUAAAGAUGGAAGAGGCUCGUCUGACUGAAACACUAACGGAGGAAGAGAGGGAGGGGCUUAGGAGAGCCAUGGACCAAUGGAAAAGAAGUGUAAUGUGUGAGCUGAGAGAGCGAGAUUCCCAGAUCCUGCGAGAGCGGAUGGAUCUGCUGCUGCUCACACAGCAGAGGAACAAGGACCUGGAGGAAUUUAUAGAAGCACAGAAGCGUCAGAUCAAAGAACUGGAGGAGAAGUUUCUAUUUCUGUUUCUAUUCUUCUCUUUGGCGUUCAUCCUCUGGUCCUAA